GAAGAAGAAGAAGUAAAACGAUUCUGCUGUUUGGUAGCUUAGCCCGAAUGUGCCUCCAAGUGUGCUAGAAACGCGAGGUUAACCAAAUUUCGGACACGCUCUGUACUUUGAAUGUCGUGAGCUCCACACCAUGGGGGACUAUCACCUUCUGUUGGAAUUUGACGUCUCGGCCGAAAAGGACUGUCGCUGUUUCUGUAGCUCCUGUUGUUAUUGUAGCUAGCGCCCGUGUUAGCCCAAUUAGCUAACGCUGCUGUUUUCACUUCCAGAAACGAUUCAUUGCUGCGGGGCAGUAAACCGCAAAAACAAGGUAACCCCGCUGCAAGUUGCAGGCUUUAACAUCUCACCCGAAUAAUGUUUAUGUUACGUCUUUCAACUCGUUAGGUAAUUGGCCUGAGACAGUCUUUCAGGAAAAGGUUGCAGUGUACGAUAUGCUGACGGUGUUUUUUAAAAGUAAAAUAAAGAUCUACCGCUACAUGCUUUGAAAAGAAACUCCGUCAAAAUGUCAUGACUAGCUGAGGUUUGCUAACACACCUAACGCUGCCUGCAGACCAGCUUGAGCCAGCUGGUUUUGUCGCUGUCUACAUGUUUUGAGAUGGAGCAGCAGACGGACAGCGAGACGACUCUGGCUCCGCACAGCACAUCUGCCUGAGCUGAACGCCUGUGAGAGGAGAAACCAUGUCUUGCAAAGCCGCAACCAAGGACAAGAAGUCCAGCUUCAGCAAGAAGCUGUUCAGGCGAGGCUCAGUGCGAUCUGUGGGCAGCUUUAUGAGCAGAGUCCUGAGGACACUGACAGCGUUAUCCCACUUUGGAUCCGAAGUACAAAACGAGGAUGACAAAGAUGAUGGAGGGUUCUCCACUUUUAAAUCUGGAAGCAAAGAUGUGCCCAUGGAGGAUGGGGACCUGGGGGGCUUCCUGUCCGGGGAGAGAGUUCCUGGAGUGUCGGGUCUGAAAAACCACGGGAAUACCUGCUUUAUGAAUGCAAUUCUGCAGUGCCUCAGCAACACUGAACUCUUUGCUGAGUACCUCGUUUUGGAGCACUAUAAAGGCGAGGAGCUGGAUGAGGACAAACCAAAGACAAAUGGCGUGCAUUUGCAGAAGAAGGGUCCUCUGGCCAAAGGAGAAGUUACAGAGCAGCUGUCAGGACUUGUGCGGGCUUUAUGGACGUUUGAGUACACCCCCCAGCAUAGCAGGGACUUCAAGAAUGCUGUGUCAAAAAAUGCCACGCAGUUUAAAGGGAACGCUCAGCACGACGCUCAAGAGUUUCUGCUGUGGCUGCUGGACAGAGUGCACGAGGACCUCAACACAGUGAACCCCCACAGCAGGCCUCCCAUAAAGCCUCCUGUUGAAGAAGAUGACCAAAGCAUAGAGGGUCCUUCUCCUCCCCUCUCUGCCGGGUCCUUUGUACAAGAACUGUUUCAGGCUCAGUACAGGUCUUCUCUUACCUGCCCACAUUGUCAAAAGCAGAGCAAUACGUUUGAUCCCUUCCUCUGUAUCUCCUUACCAAUCCCGCUGCCACACACUCGGCCCCUCUAUGUGACCGUGGUCUACCAGGGAAAGUACUCUCACUGUAUGAGGAUCGGAGUCGCUGUUCCUCUCAACAGCACCGUCUAUCGCCUCAGAGAUGCCGUGUCACGUGAGACCAAGAUCCCAAUGGACCAGUUUGUUUUGACAGAGAUGUACUACGACGGCUUUCAUCGCUCGUUUUGUGACGACGACGACGAUCUUGACAUCAUUCAAGAGAGCGAUUCCAUCUUUGCCUUUGAGACACCAGAGACCUUCAAACUGGAAAACAUACGCACAAAAAGAGGAAGUCUUCUGGCAAACCUGAAUCAUAACAACUUGAAGUACGGGACAGAAAUCAGCAGGACUCCAUCUUUCAUGCAGGGGGCCAUGACACCUGUAACUGCAUCACCUAAUAAAAACCUUGGACCAGAAAAAAUAAUCCUUUUGGUGUGUAACAGAGCAUGUACUGGCCAUCAAGGAAAGAGGUUUGGCCUGCCUUUUGUACUGUACAUGGAGCGCACUGUGACCUGGGAUGCUCUACAAAAAGAGAUCCUGGAGAAAAUGCGUCAUCUUUUGAGGCCUGGGGUCUACAUUCAGGUUGGACCUUUCAGUCUUCGGGUGGUUGGCGUAGUCGGCAUCACCUACCUCCUUCCCCAAGAUGAACGACCACUGUGUCACCCAACUGUGGAAAGAGCAUACAAGUCGUGUGGACAAGGGGGACCACCACAUGUGAAGAUUGUGGUUGAGUGGGACAAAGAGACCAAGGACUAUCUCUUUGGGCACACUGAGGAAGAGUAUAUUCCAGAUGCGGAGAGCGUCUAUCUGCACAGAGAACAACAUCAUCAGCCGCAGGCCUGCACUCUCGCUCAGUGCUUUCAUCUCUACACUAAGGAGGAGCAGCUGGCCCCAGACGAUGCCUGGCGCUGUCCCCACUGCAAGCAGCUGCAGCAAGGCCGCAUUAAGCUCAGCCUGUGGACCCUGCCAGAUGUGCUCAUACUGCAUCUCAAGAGGUUCAGACAGGAGGGGGACCGGAGGGUGAAGAUGCAGAACAUGGUGAGGUUCCCGCUGAUGGGGAUGGACAUGGCUCCUCACGUGGUUAAAAGAAGCCAGAGCAGCUGGAGUUUACCUUCCCACUGGUCGCCAUGGAGACGGUCCUAUGGACUGGGAAGAAACCCCGAUGACUACCUGUAUGACCUGUAUGCUGUGUGCAACCAUCAUGGGAAUAUGCAUGGAGGCCACUACACUGCUUACUGCAAGAACUCCAUCGAUGGUCAGUGGUACUGCUUUGACGACAGCGAGGUUUCUCCAGUAGCUGAUGAUGAUGUGUGCCAGCAGACAGCCUAUAUUCUGUUCUACCAGAGGAGGACAGCCAUUCCCUCCUGGUCGGCUAACAGCUCUGUUGCUGGUUCAACUAGUUCGUCCCUGUGUGAUCACUGGAUCAACAGGUUACCUGGCAGCAGGCCUGCUAGCUUGGCCUCUGGUGCCUCGUCCAGACGCACCUCUCUGGCUUCACUGGCUGAGUCAGUUGAGUUUCCAGGAGAACGCAGUGAGGAUGAUGGAGGAUUCUCUGUCCGCCCUUUUGUGAGAAGCAUUCAGCGGCAGAGCUUGUCCUCCAGGUCAUCCAUAGCGAGCCCUUUGGCCUUUAGCGACAGCGGGCUAAAACCGUCUUGGUCUCUCUCUGCCAAGCUGCACAUGAGAUCCAACUCACCAUCACGAUUCUCCCUCGACUCUCGAUGCUCCCCUCCUCUAGAACGGAUAGGAGAGGCAUGUGACGACAAGGUUUCCACGUCCUGUUUUGGCAGCUACAGUAGACAUGAAAGGUACUUUGGCAGCAGGACUCCCUUGUCUAUGAUGGAGAGCAACUUCACUGACCAGGACAAUAAAAGGUUCUUGGACAUGAUGUACUGCAGGGCUCCCACUCCAGUGGAAAAGAAGAGCGCCAAAAAUGAGCCAACUGAAAACAACAACCAGAUUACAGCUAUAGACCAAAACAUACUACCCACCCAAGCUACUCCCUCCAAAGAACAGAAGCGUAAGAGUAGUAUCGGAGGAUUUACCCUAAAGGCAGAAAGCACAGGCUCCUCAAAGGGUUCGAGCAAAGUGGAGCAAGAUAAAACUUCCAAAAAGCGACUGUGCUCAACACAUAAGACCUCCGCUUCUGAGACGUCUUCCAGUACACCUGUGAAAGGCAAAAAGCUGAGCAAUACUAAAGAGAAGAGCGUAAAUGCUAAGAAGAGCACCUCAACACCCAGUGGAACUCCCUCCAAAGCAAAGGAGUCAACUCAACCCCAAGAGGGAACGCCAAAACAUAAGCCAUGUCUCGGCUCCACACCUCAGUCCUCAGCUUCACCCUCACCAACUGCAAAGAAGAGCCUCAGUGUCGCUGACAAAAGCACCGCAAGCAGCCGGAAACGACUAGUAGAAAGGAGCUUCAGCAGAGAUUCUAUGCACACAAGCCCUCUGGUCGAAAGCCUCCGAGGCAGCUCAGUAGCCCGCACUUCACUUUCCAAGAGUGGGGAAACCAACCGGCCUGAGAGGAGAUCUGUGAGGAGUUCCAGUAGUAGUUCUUCUGUCACUAGCCUGCGCUCACCCAGCGUGUCCGCCAGAGACCUGCAGCGUAGCAGCAAAUCUGAGGAAAAAGGAUUGUCUUUCUUCAAGAGUGCCCUCCGACAAAGGGAAAGCCGCCGGUCGGCUGAUUUAGGAAAAAGCACCCUGCUUACCAAAAAGGCCUCCGAGCGGACAUGCAAGCAGAACGGACAGGCCAAGGAGAUCGGUGUUGAAAAUGGAAAGACAGGAGACGGAGCGUCUUUGCAAACGUCUACAGAGACUCGUGGAGGUGAGACAAAGUCCGAGACAAAAGAGUCUUCCAAGCCCCCCAGCUCUCUCAGCCGCACUCUGCUAGGCAAGGCCAAGUCUUCCACUUCCGAUGUAAGUUGCAAGUCUCCUUCAAAUGGGAAGAAGCCUCUCGAAAGGAUGGCGUCUUCCCGAAAGCUGUCAUCAAGCAUGCAAUCUCCUGCACGAACAACACAGCGGCCUCAAUAAUACAUUUAUAGUAGUUCUAUUAAACAAACAUAAUGCAGCUAUUUUCUUUGUGCCUGAGUUUCAGUGAGCACCAGAUAUAUUUGAGACACAUUUUAUUUGAUGUUAUGGUUUUGUAUACUGGCAUUAGAGGCGUGUGUUGGCUUUGAGGUUUGAAUAUUGGCAGCCAGCUUUGAGUAUUUUCACCUGUUUGGAUUAAAUUCAUUCAGAAUUCGUCUGCAUACCUGGGUGCCCAGCAUUUGCGUGAUAUGCUGCCGAUUUAGUGUUUUUGCUGUCGUGUAUACUACGUCUUUGAGCAUUAGGUAUGACUUUGAUUGUAAGUGACAGGCACAGAGGGUCCCUGAGCAUGCAAUAUGCAAUUCAGCUGUACAGCACAACCCAUUUGAUUGUGUGCACCAAGGGCCUGCAUGACAGAAUUCUCUAGUUGAAUCUUGAAAUUCAAGUUGAUUUAAAAUGCAGCAGCUGAUACAUUAAAAAUUAAGGGGUCUGAGAAAUGCUCACCUUAACAACAAUGCAUAUUUUGGCUCGUAUAGUGGGAGUUUUAACUGACAGAGACUCAUUCUUCUGGCUAAGCUGGCUGUCAAUGCUUAAAUCCCGCUGCUACCGGCAGAGAAAACAGAACCAUAACAUCAAAAUUAGCCUCUAACAAAUACUGAAACAGUUGUUGUUUCACAGACAUGCACACGGACACAAAAGAGUUUCAUUCCGAAAUAUUUGUGGCUAAGCGUUGAUAGUAGUUUUCCUUAAUUGUUCUGAGCCUAUCAAUUUGACCACUGGUAAGUAACACUUUCUCCAAACUCCUUAUGUAUUGAUCAAUAAGGGUCCUAUGAGUGUUUCUUUUUGUCAAAAGCUGUUGAGGGAAAGACCUUAGUCGACCAUAUGUAACUUUUAAGUAAUUUUACACUACUUGUCUUGAGAGCAUCUAGCAUUGAUGCAGGGUAGCAGGAACAAAUGAGUCUUAAAAUAUUAAAAGAAUGCUUGUAAAAUGCACAGAUGAUGGCAGGCCCAGGACCAAAACAGAACAGGAUGAGAAAGAGUAAGAAUUGGUCUACAAAUUGAGAAAGUUUCCAAUAUUUGAAAACUGAAUUAUUUUUUUUAAUACUAGUACUUUUUUGAUAGAAAUGUAUUUUAUUAAAUGCUUAUUGAAGUUAAAUACUUCCUCCUCAAAAGGGAUAGUGUGUUUUGGAAUGAAACCCUUUAAAAUCGAAGAAUAUAAAUAUAUAUAGAUGUGUCUGUACAAAUAUUGACAGAAAGUAUAUGGUAUAUAGCCCUUUUUUUUUUUCUUUUCCAUGAGCAAGAUGAAAAUAAUCUUAAGCGCCUUUAAAUGCUGUACAUGGAAACAAAUAAUUGCCUUUGGCAACAUAGUAGUCUUCUACUGUAUGCAUCACUGAGUAGGAAUGUUAUUUUGUUCGCACUUUGUAUAGAUAAACUAGUAUGAUAGUUGUUGUGUAAUUAUUUCAAUGAUUUCAAGACAUAUCGUAAAGCAGAGUCAACAGGCCUUAGACUUGAAAUGGUAAAAGGGUACAUUCAUCUCAAUGUUUCAGGGGUCAUUUUACACAAAGAAAUCACCCCUUUAUUACACCUGGUGCUGUAACAGGCCACUGCUCCACUGGCACUGAUAUUUCUUAAUGAGCAUACUUACAAAUGUAGAUGUUCAGAACUGUGACCACACAUUUCAGUGAACUAGAAAGCUGUUAGCAGUGUUUAUCAUAACCUGUGGUACCUCAUUGGAGAAUAUUAUACUUUGCCAUUUUUUUUCUUCAUCAGCCUGAAUCAGAAUAGUGGUAAUGAGCCAUUAGAUUAACAUUGUCUUUGAGCAGUUGUUGUCCAAAUAUGGACCUGUAUGCUGGACUUUGGGAACUAUCAGACGCUGCAUGUCAUGUUUGUUUUGCAGUCAAAUGAUAGAAGCAAAGGCAGAGCCAGAAUAUUACCACUGCAGCUGUCAUGAUGCUUUCUGGCCCUAUUUUGUCUCAAUUAAUGGCAAUACUCAUACAUUAGAUACCAGCACAGCGUAUGUUUUUAAAGUGAAUGUGGUCACGGCAUUAAAAUCCAAGUCAUGUAUUUUACGUUAAGCAUUGGCAUAAUCUUUGAGUUAUAGAUCUACAGGAUUUCUCUCACUAUUUCUCUGUAGCAUCUAUCAGGUUUACAGCGGUUCUCAGAUGGUUUUAGAGGAAAUACCACUCACUUUAAACAGACGUGUUUGUUAUUUAAUGGCCUGCACAGUGUUUUAGACUUUGACAGCGUACUUUAACAUGUGAUGAUGUAAGAAAAGUAGCUGUAGGUGACACAGUUAUGUCAGCUUUUUCUGGUGACUUUGCCAAAGUUCAAUAGCAAGGUAAAUGCUACUGCGUAUUUUUAGAUUCACAACAAGCUGUUCGUCAAUGCACAGCUAAAAUUUCUAGAAAAUGACAUAUUUAACCUAAUUGUGCCAAGGAGGCGGAGUAAUAAUAACGGUUGCCGUUGGUUUGUCUGUCAGUCUGUCUGUUGGCAACAUUUCUCAAAAACAGACUAACGGAUUUGGAUGAAAUUUUUAGGCAAGGUCAGAAAUGACACAAGGACCAAGUGAUUAGAUUCUGGCAGUGAUGUGGGUUAUAGUCUGGAUCCACGGAUUUGUUAAACAUUUCUAAAUCAUUGCGAGAUAGUGGCACUGUAGCUAUGACUACAAGUGAACACUACGUCCUCCCACCGCCCGCUGCAUGUGUAGGCCACGCGAUUCGGUAUCCAUACACAACGCACACAUGCCUGUGCCUAGCGUAAGGUCAUUCUGAUUGCGGGUACAUCUGUAUUAUGGCCACAUUCUCUAAUGCCACGACUUUUUUUUUCAAGAUUUUAGCCAUCGGAAAUGAUACGACUGAGCAGCCUUGGCGGAGUACUGCGUUCUCUGAGUGCUUCUCUUGUUUGAAAUCUAGCUUGUUGCUGGAUAAAAUAAGUGCACACUUAAAAUUAUUUCCUGCUCAAACCUACUUUCGCUGCAAUAAAACAACAAAAUACAUAGCAAAUAUAAAUAAUUUUUAUUUGCUUUUACCUUUCGUUUAACGAGUUUCCUAAUAAAUUUCUCCCCAAAAUCAGAAACCAGUUUAAAAACCUGACACGUCUGAAUUGGCUUUCAAUGCUGCCCAUCAAAACAACUUAAUAGUGUACUGUUUAAUUGUCUGAUUUUCAUCUCUGCGUAUUUCAGUAGCAACUGCUCUCAAAAUCCUUCAACAUCCCAACUGUACAGAAAUAUCAGAACGAUGAUGUUACAGGUCAUGGAAAUAACAUCCAGCUGUUUAAAUGAGGUGGUAUUCCUGUAGCUGCUCUUUUCUACUUCACAUUAUAACCUAUCAGGAACCUGUGCAUGGCACUUUGGAUCAAAGCAGGACAAUUUUAUGUACAUUUGGCUUUUAACUGUCUCGUUUGCCUGUUUAAGGUCUGUAAUGAAGUUGUAGUAGUGGGUAGUGUGUAUAUUAGAGCUGGAUCGUGCCAUUACUAUUACUUGUUUGUCCUUCAUCUACUUGCUAGAUAAACAGUUUAAUCUGAUAUUAAUCCAUUCAUGUAGCCAAAACCUCGUGCAUUAGGAUGGGAUGCCCCUUCUCUUUUUAACAGGGGCGCAUUGUAAGCAAGGUUCGGUAGACAAUCACAAUCAGAGUGGUUUACUUUUAACCAUAUUGUUUAUAAUAUAUGAAUAUGGGUCCCAAUUUGAGGUUACGUUAUUUCCAGCCGCUUUUAUGUGGCUUUUUUUUCCCUGUACAGAACAAAACACUGAAAGCUGCAGCCCGUUCCCUUGUUUUCCGACCACUUUUAUAACCGCCACAUUGCCAGUAUUAUCGUUUUGUUUUCACAGCAUGUACGAUUAGAUGAAACCUGGUGGUUUAGCAGUUAAGAUCCUAAUGGCAGGCAGAAAUUUGGUGGAAAUUGUUGAACAGAGCUCUGUAGCCUGUUGAAAAGCUGUUAGGAACCUGCAGCCAAACACGAAACUGGUUAAUCAGUAGCUUCCAAAAACAUCUACCAUUGGCUAGAUGUGUUUUUUGUUGUUGUUUUUUUUUGCGGUGGUUGAGCAAUAUCCAUUAUUUAUUUUAUUAUUCGGUGUUCAUCAGUCAGACCACCUUUUUUAAGCCUCAAAAAGGCCGGAAAAGUUCUGUACUCCACGGAAUUUAAUCCAUACUAGUGGAGACAAGAUGUCAAAUUCAGGGUAAAAGAGAAGUCGAAACACCAUCUUCCCAUCCUUGAUUUUAAUCUCGCACUUACAACACUGCGGCUAUGGCCUGCAGUUUUAUUUUUGUAAAUUUCUUGUCAGUGUACAAAUCCGAGAAUGAUUAAGGAAUGCAGUAUUGCAUGUAAACGCUAAUGCAUGUAUUUUAUAAACUAUGCAAAGAACCUGCAGCUGUGUACAAUAGAAAGCAGAGCAUGGCUGGUAUAUUCCAUCGCUUCAUUUGCACACCAUUCCAAUAUUUAGAAAGCUGUAAAAUACAGAAUAUUUCAUCUGUACUUCAACUUAAAAGUCAUUGCCUAUAUUCCAAAAAAAAUUCUAUUUAAUGCCAUAACUGCUUCUGGCAUUCUACCAUUUAAUGUUAAUAGUUUUUGAGGAUUUUUUUCUUCUUCUUCUCACUUUAUUUUGAUGAAUUCUGCUGAUCUGUGCUCUCUGGGUGCUCCUGCCAAACUGGUGGGUUUUUGUCUUUGUUGUUGAAUAUUUACCGUUGUACACCAGCAGAGACAACACUAUGGAUACGAUAAUCUCUACGUGGUUAGUAAAUAGACUCAUUAUGUAUGUAUGUAUUGUGAUGAAGCCUUCCAUUACUUCACUUCAGUGAUAAAACAGUUUGUGAGCCUUUGUUGCCACGUUCUCCGCUGCAUUGAAGAUGUGGCCAGUCUCUAAUAUAAAGAACUCAAAUAGAUAUAUGUAGCUAAAUGCAAUAAAGAAAGAUAGUGAAUUUAUAGUUUUGUAAUACAGUACGUAAAGACAUUCAAACAUUCUUUUUGUAGUACUUACAUCGAUCAUUUCAAUCAUGAUGUAAUUUUUAUUAUUUUUUAAAUUCUAAACCAACGGUUUAUCGACAGAAACACAAUAACUUCCCAAGCAGUGCCACACUUUAGUUUCUUUCCUUUUAUUUUUUUUAUAAUGACCUAAUAAGUGCAACAUUAAUCACUUUAGCUGUUCAAAUGCACAGAGGCUUUUCUGCGGAACUUAAUUAAGAUUAGAGAAUCCUGCGUUGAGUUGUUGUCGUGACACGGCCGUUUUGUCAACAGAGUCACGCAAAGUUCCACUUUUUUCAAGGGUAAACUUUAAAGAUUAGCGAUAUUACACGCAACACGUCUCCGUAAGCAUUUUACCGCCAAAUCAAGGUUGCAAUAACCGCUAAAACUGAAAUACCACAAUCCUAUUCCAAUCCUCCAGGCUUAAGAUGCUGCACAUACCGUGGUACUACAGUAAUAAAGCUGUACGGAUGUGGUGAAGUGGUGCCCUCAGUAUUAAAAGACUAGCGAGGCUUUAAGAGGCUUGUGAGGGCAUUUUGCAAAUGUAAACACUACAAGUAGAGGAGACCGAAACUUUUCAGAAGCCUUAAGCAAAAAACCACACAUUGUUAACGGACAGUUUCUAGGAUGAUACAGAAACUAAGGAGCUGUGCAACGAAUGAAUGUCAUGUCUCAUUUUAUUUUUAAGCUAUUACAAAAAAAGAAAACGCUACAAAUGCACAGCAUGUUUCUCCUUUUACUUUUUUGUAUAACUCAUAAAAUGUUUUGUAAAAUAUGGUAUGUUGCAUUUAAUGAGAUUUCUUUUUUCAAGUGUAUUUGACUGUAUUCCUUGUUCUCCCGGGUUCACGAGGUUAUUAUUGACUUCUGCGUUGUCUGAAAUGACCAAAUGUUUUCAGUUUAUUUCAUCUCAUUUUACAUCAGAGCCUCUGCUCCAGCGUAUUCCUGUUCAUUUUUAAUUUAUGACUGUUUUGACAUUCUGCAGUCUCAAGUUCAUUGGACUGCAUCAGAGUCUUCUGUGUUAAUUUAUUUGUCUUUUUUUUCACCAUAUAUGCACUUUUCUUUUUCCUCCAAAAAGGACAAAUGUGUAUAUACUUUGUUGGUUUACCCAUGCAAGUACAAAAUGAAAAAUCUGAUUAAAAAUACUGAAACUGUUA